AUGGAAUUUCGAAGGUAUUUUUCAAGUGAAGAUUACAUUUUUGAAAUAAAAAAUAAUGAACAAUUAUUUGUGUGUGAGAAUGUUGCAAAGAACAUAAAACCUUUGUGGAGUUUGAAAGGUCACAGGAAUUCAAUUGAAGGACUUCAUUUGCUAGAUGAUGAAAGGUUCUGUACUGUGUCUCAUGACAACUUAGUUUCUUUAUGGAGAUUAGAAAAUAAACAGAAUAUAGUAAAUAUAAAAUUUGAUGAUGCUAUAUUAUGUUCUAGUUAUUUGAAGAAGAAUAAAUAUUUAUGUAUAGGAAGAACAAAUAUGAAUAAUAAUAUUAAUAUAAUUAAUAUGGAUAAAGAAGAAAUAAUAGAAAGUUAUAAAAGUGAAUGUAAUUCAAUAUUUUGUAUAAAUUACUAUGAUGAUAAUAAGAUAUCUUAUGGUAGUAAAGAUGGAUCUAUUUGUUUUCUUGAUUUAAUUAAGAAAAAGAAUAUAUAUAGAUAUGAAGAAAUUGGAGAUUGUAUAAAUUAUUGUACAUCAUCAUUUUCAGAUAAUUGUUUCUAUAAUAGUAAUAUAAACAAUAAUAAUGAUACUAUUUUAAUGAAUCCUAAUUUUCAUAUAUUUAGUACAUACAAAGGUAAUAUAUUAUUUUUUGAUUUAAGAUGUAUGUUACCUAUUUAUCAAAAUAAUAAUUUACAUUCAAAUUAUUCUGUUAAUUGUAUUUAUUGUUAUAAUUAUUUUUUAUAUUCUGGAGCUUCUGAUUGUUUAAUUAAAAAAUAUGAUAUAAGAUAUAUCGAUGAAAACAAACCUUUAGAUAUAUAUGUUGGACAUACCUCUCCUAUAAGAUAUAUAUCCUUUUCAAAAGAUUUUUCUUAUUUUACUACUUCUUCUGAUAAUGGAAGUAUAAAAUUAUGGUCUGUUAAUAAAAAAAAGGAAGAAAAUGAAAAUAAAAUAUAUUCCUCCUUUAAUAAUCUUAUAUCACCUUCUUCAGCCUUUUCAUUCGAUCUUGAUUCCCCUGUAAACGAUUCUUUAAAGGUAAAGAAGAUGAAUAUGAAAAAUAAGGAAAUGCCUGACAAGUUUGUUGAAAUAAAUAAGCAAACAAAAAAUAAAACAAUCAAACAAAAUAAAACUAUAUCACAUAAUAAUAAUAAUAAUAUGCGUUCUUCAUCUAUUAUUUCUGAUACAAAUUAUUAUGUAAAUAAUUUGUAUGAUACUACACAGAAAAAAAAAGAAAGAAAAAACAUCUUCAGUAAAAAAUAUGAAAAUAUUUUAUUAGAAUUUCAAAAGAAAAAAAGAACUAUAACACCUAACACCAUUUUAAGUAUAUCUAAUGAAAAAAAAAAAAAAGUACAAGCUGUUUCAAAAAAUGAACUAUUUAAUAUGUGUAAAAUGAAUAAGACUCAGGUAGAUAAGGAAAAGGAGAAGAAGAAUUAUAAAGGUCAGUUUUUUUUAAAUCAAUCAGUAAAUAUAAAUAAAAUGGAUAAUAUAUUAAUGAAUAGUAAGAAAAAUCAAUCCAUAAAAGAAAUGGAUAUAUUAAAAAAUAAAAAAAGAAAUGAUCAAUUAAAAACAAAUAUAAAAAAUAAGUUACAUAUUCCAUCACCUAUGCAAUAUACUAAUACUAAAGGAGAUAAAACAUAUAAAGGUAAAAAUGAAAGAAGUUAUUUGAAAAGAAACAUAUCUAAAGAUACAAAUAAAUAUUUAAAUAUUCAAUCACCUAUAAGUAAUAAAUUUAAUGAAUCGGAUUAUCGAUCAUUCUUUUAUAACAAUGAAAAUGUUAUAAAUAAUUUAUAUCCUUCUUCUCAAAAAGUCAAAAUAAAAUAUGCGAAUUUGUCAAUGCUAAAUCAUAAAGGUCGUGUUACCUCAAUGGAAUGGUUAGGUGACCUUCUCUUUUCUGCUUCUUGGGACCAGACCAUAAAAUGUUGGAACGUCAAAAAAUAUUUAAUGGAAUAA